GCUACCCACGUCAUUUUUCCGGUUACGUACAAUUUCUCAGACACGCUAGAGAAAGCAAGUAACAAUGAGCAGCGCUAGACCUCCUAAUGGCAACCCCUGUCCUUCUGGAUCAGCACAAGGCACUCGUUCCAAAACGGGCAGUUCUUCAGUACGAGAAACAGCGCAGAAUUUCGACAGUUCAGCAACAGCGACAAGUCGAGCACAUGGCAAAAGCUCUUCGAGCUAUGGCAUUACUGCCAAACCUUCAAGCAAGCCUGCAGUACGACCUAGACCCACGCAGGCAGCUGAUGAUAGUCGUGCCCGUAUUGCUCAACUAGAACAACAGCUAGGACAGCAAAAUCAAUUAAUUGAAAGCCAGUUUCAGCGAGAAAACGACGACAAACGUCACAUUGAAGAGCUUAAAAAACGUGCAGAAAACGGAGAGCGCGAGCGUGACGAGGCUAGACGUUUUGUUACCCAACUAAAACAGGAGUACCAACGUCUUGCUACUCAGAAAGGAGAGUUGGAACAAAAAGCACACCAAAACUUGCAGAGCCUUCAAAAUAGCUUGACCAAAAAGGAGAAGGAAGUAAAACAUCUGGAAGAUACACAUAGACAAAAGCUACAAACCCUACAGCAAGAAUUGGAAGGAGAAAGGCAACAAUGCGAAAGAGAAAAAUCACGCACCAAGCUGAUAUUGCAAAGAUGUCUCGUACUGCUGCGUAGCAGCAGAGAAGGAGACGGCAUAUUUCAUGGCCGUCUUGGAAUUUCGUUUGAAAGCUCACAGCAGGAACGAAAAUAUGAGUCUAUAGCGCUCAAGAUCAUCAACGAGAUUGAGCCUAACGCUAGUAUUGUGCUAGGAGCUCGACCAGAUCAAAAUGAUUAUGAUAUUGUUCUUCAUCUAGCCAGAACAGAAGGAGGACGAACAGUCAAUUUGGAGCAAUCUAAAAGACAAGCCUUUAAAUGCGACAAUGUGAUUCUCAUUCUGCUUCGAUCCGGUACCAAUCCAGACGUUUACAACACGUUUGUUCCUCCUGAUGCGAACGAGUAUUCAGGGAUAUUACUCGGCAGGAGAGGAGAGAGAAGAGUGAUCUUACAACUAUUGCACUGGCAGAGCGAGUGGGUUGAUUGCAAAUUGAAUGAAGACAAUGUCAAGCUGUUGAAAGAAUUAGUCAAACAAGCAUGUCCCAAGAUGGUGGAACAGUUGCACGAUGACCAGCUGAUAAAGGCACUUGGAUUAGGAAACGACUGAUCCUGAUUAUUGACUUCUUGAAUUCAAAAUUUGGACACAGCAGGAAGUUGCUUUCCUGGAACUAAAGUGCAUUCCAUUUUUAUGGUAAAUAAAACUGAAAGGGAACACAAAAAGUACUGUACACUAGUCAACGUGUAGCGUCUAGCGAUCUUUGCCAAGUCUUGGGUUUAGUGCCGGUCUCAUCUCAUUCGCUAACUAUGCAUGAUAAACAAUAUAGACCCAAGUGGA